UCUCACUUGCUACUACUAUUGAUUCAAAAACCGUUUUCGUUCUCCUGUUGUGUUUGGUCUAAUUGACCCAAUGUUCUUGUCUGAAGAAGCUGACCAGUUCGAAUUACCGGUUCACGAAACCGGCUUCACACGCGAAGAGCUUGAAGAGUUAUUAUCUCUUCUCGAAUCGAAUGAACCGGUUGGUCCAAACUCUGGUUCAGAAGGCUCGACCGGAGCGGUAUCUUCUCUUGAACCUAAUGAACCAGUCAGUCCAAACUAUGGUUCAGAAGGUUCAACUCGGGCGGUGUACUCGGCAGACGAGAGGAAGAAAAGACGCAUGGAAUCGAACCGAGAAUCAGCGAGGCGGUCCCGUUGGCGAAAAAGGAUGCACUUGGAGAACGUCACGGACGAAAUUAACCGGUUGAGCAUAGAGAACCGGCAACUUAAAAACCGAGUCAGUUCGGUCAUGAAUCAAUAUCACAUUGUAUGGCGAGAAAAUGAACAGUUGAGAUCCGAAUCCGUAGCUCUUUGGGCCAAACUCUCGGAUCUUUACUGGACUUUAGCCACCAUGCAACCUCGAUAGCGUAUAUUGCAAUAUUAAACCUUUUACUUUGAAACUAAAUCACUAUCACGCCCCCUUCCCCCUUGAAAUUAAGCUCUAAUUAAGUGAACUAAACUAUUGAAUUUUUUAGCAGUUACAGAAAUAAGUAGAGCUUAAUUUCACUUUCUCUCUCUCCCUACUUAAUUAUAUAAAUAUUGAGAAAAAGUGGUGGUUUUGAUAAAC